AUGAAUGACACCGAUGAGUUUUUGAGGUACGCGAGCCCCAAUGAGCAGCGAACAAUCAGUCGAGAGGAUCUCGGCUUCUAUCACGCCGUCAUCAUCGGCGCCAUCUAUCAACUUGAGAAUGGGCUUACCAUUGACUCGCCACAAUCCUUAUUUGGACCUUUGACGCACUGUAUCGAACAGCACCCCUUCUUGAGCGUGAAAGUUGGCGACAGACACAGCGAAAAAUCAUUCUACGAGCGGGCAGCCAAGAUCAACCUCGAAAAGCAUGUCGAAGUUCUCGAAGCGCGUCAUGCCAGUGACUCUGAGAGAUGGAGGGCGAUUGAGGAACUUCAGAGGGCCAACCUGGAUCGACCUUUCGAUCACUCGGGACCCCCUUGGAGAGUUAUUGUCUUGCACCUUUCCAGAACGGAAAAGUUCAUCGCUUUUGCUUGGUCACAUGCGCUCGGAGAUGGUCCUACAGGAACUUCAUUCCAUCGAUCACUGCUCAAAGCGAUUAGAACCAACCUUGGAACGACAUCCGCAGCCCCCUCAGUCAUCACGCCACCUCGGCAACCCCUUGGAAUGCCAUUCGAUACUCCGGAACGCCUUCCGAUUUCGUGGUCAUUUCUUCUUGGCCCUUUGAUUGCAGUUCUGCUUCCUACGUUCAUGGCGAAUUGGCUAGGAGUCAAAGCACAGGCUGUCAACCUGGACGAUGGCACCUGGACUGGAUUUUUUGCAUUUUUCGACGUAGAGAAGACUCGCACUAAAGUUUUGCUGCAAACCAUCAAAGCUCCUCUGGUCAACGCAGCACUCCAAGAAGCGAAGAAGCACGACGCGAAGUUGACUGGCUUGCUCCACCAGCUCAUUGCGCGAGGGAUGAGCAAAGCCUUCGGAGGGUCUCAUAUCACCAAUUUCGUUUCUCAAACGGCAGUCAACAUGCGCAAGUCCGUUGGAGCACCUACUUACGAGAUGGGCGAGUUUGUUUCAGCUAGAUAUCUUGUCCACCCAAAACGCUGUUCUUCUGGCCCACUUUCCGAUGAAGAAUGGUUUGCCGCAAGCUCAAGCACGAAGCAGUUUGCCGAAACUGCGGUGUCUUUGAAGGAUCAGCCAAUCGGACUACUCAGAUACGUUCCCAGCAUCAGGAGCUGGCUGAUGUCCAAGCUGGGCCAACGCCGAGACUGCUCGCAUGAAGUGAGCAAUAUUGGUGCCUUUGAAGACGAGGAGAUUGGAAAUACCGGCAAAGCACGUAUCAGCCACUUCGUGUUCUCUCAACCUGGACACGUUUCGAGCGCGCCAAUAUGCUUCAACAUAUCCUCUGUCAAGCAUGGUGCUUUGGUGUACACGGUGACUUGGCCAACGGGGGCGCUUGGCGUCAAAGAAGCAGAGGAGGAGCGCAUGGUGAGCUUGAUUUGCGAAUCCAUCAACUCGGACUUUGAAGCCUUUGAGUAG